GUUAGUUGUCUUUGUCUCGAUAACAAAGGAAUGUGUGUAAUGAAGUGGAGUAGCCUAGGCAUGUUAUGAGAUUCGUUAUACGUACUAACAACUGUUAUAAAUAGGUUAUGUAGUGUAUAUAGGUAUAUGUUAUAAUUUAAAAUCCUAAUACAGCAUGUGCUAGUGUGUUCGUGUUACCACAUUAUAGAUUUUUAACACCAUGGGCUGCCUGUGGUCGAGUCAGGGUACGCAAGUCUGCCAAAGGUGCAAUCGUCGAGAAGUAAACAACCUUGUUAUCAUCGAUAAUUUGUGUGAGAUAUGUAUCCGCCAAGCUGCUUCACGCUCUUAUUGUUCCAACAAUACAGUCCAAGCAAGGAAACGUGCUUAUUACGGCGAGUACAAAUGCGUAUGCGGUCGAUUCUGGCCCAGCCGUCUGUCUUGGAAAGACGCCUACCAGAUCUGCAAGCGCUGCAAGAGACAAGUGUACCCUCAUUCGCAGAGAGAGUUACUUGAUUCCGAUUUAUCAGGCACAAACGAGAAUACGGUAGAGCACGAAAAAGAGUUGUGCCAAAUGUGUCAGCAACUGGGUGAAUACUGUGGUUACCGCGCGCGCGCCGCGGCCCGAGGACACGCUUCCAGAUCUAGGUCAAGAAGUGUCCCCAGAACUCAGCACCGUUGGAAGUAAUAUUCUUAUUAUACAUAAACAGCCUAUACAGGGUGUUAGUGACAUCGUAACGAAAACUUUGAAGGAUGAUUCAGGCUAUGAUUCUGAGUGGAAUUUUCCGUCGCAAAAGUAUGGAAUGGAAAAUAAUUCAAGAAAACACAAAAAUUUUCAUGAAUUUUCCGACAGGAAAUUCCACUCAGAAUCAUGGUCUGAAUCAUCCCCUUCAGUAUUCGUUACGGUGUCACUAACACCCAUACAUACUUGUAUGGCUACCUGUAUGUACUGGUACGGGGUGUAAGUGACGUCGUAACGAAUACUGAAGGGGCCGAUUUAGCUCAUUAUUCUGAGUUAAUAUCAAGUGUAAUUUUUGAUCGCAAAAGUAUAGAAUUGAAAAUAAUUAAAAAAAUAAUAAAAAAUCAUUAAUUUUGCGACGGAAAAUUCCACGUGAUUUUAACUCAGAAUCAUGGUCUGAAUCAUCCCCCUUAGUAUUCGUUACGAUGUCACUAACACCCAGUAUACGUCCCACUGCUGGGCACAGGCCUCCCCUCAAUCAACCGGAGGGGAUAUAUUCUUAUUAUAAAAAUAAUUAAUUUUGUAUGAAAAAGAAAAUAUAAUUAUUACAUUUCUAUAGCAUCAUCAUCAUUCAUUUCAUUUUUAUUAUUAUAUUUUUAUUUUUAAUAUAUAUGAUUUAUAUUAUAAAAAAAAAAUAAAAAAAAAAAAAUAAAUAAAAUAAUUUUAUUUCAGACAGAUGCCCAUAUUUGUUAGUGUUUCUAUAGCAUUCAUUAACCGACUUCAAAAACCUUCGCACACGGGGUAACUCCAGUUUCCUAGUAAAUAUAAUUACUUAUUAAGUAAUUUAAACUGGGAUUUACUCACGACGAAACUCAAGUUACGGGUUACCAAACAUUUUUUUUUCAGUCCCGGCAAGGGUAAAUAAAUACAGGGUGUUAGUGGCAUCGUAACGAAAACUUAGAGAGAUGAUUCAGACCUUGAUUCUGAGUUGAUAUCAAGUAGAAUUUUCCGUCGCAAAAGUAUGAAACCGAAAAUAAUUUACCACUAAAGUUUUCAUGAAUAUUCCGACACGAAAUUUCACUGGAUAUCAACUCAGAAUAUUGAGCUGAAUCAUCCCCAUUCCCCAUCAGUAUUCGUUACGGUGUCACUAACACCCAUACGUACUUGUAUGGCUACCUGUACGUACUCAUUAUGGAUAUACGGGGAGUAAGUGACAUCGUAACGAUUACUUAGGGGGAUGAUUCAGCUCAAUAUUCUGAGCUAAUAUCAAGUGGAAUUUUCCGUUGCAAAAGUAUAAAAUUAAAAAUAAUUUAAAAUAAAACAAUAAAAAUUUAAUUUUGCGACGGAAAAUGAUGAGCGGAAUCAUACCUACAAUGCUUUGAAAAGUCUACCUGAUUUUAUACUUAGGUAUUAUUUUUUAAAUGUAGCAACUUUCUUAUAUGGAAAUAUUGACACUGGUUUCCUAGUUAGAUUCUAGCGUCGAGAGCGACUAGUUAGUAACGCAUUAAUAACUGUUAGACUCAUGUGCGAGCUUGUAUUGAAAUCUUCUAUCUUGUGGGUUGUGAGGUGAGUUACCAACCUCAACAACCCUGGUGUCAGGGUUAUUAUUAUUCAUAACCUCAGGGUUAUAGCUUACUUUCAGAUAAUCAGGUGAUCAGCCUGUAAUGUCCUAACCAAACUGGGGAUCACAAGGAUGAUUUUUGUGAUAUGUGUCCCGCUGGGAUUCGAACCCGGGACCUCCGGAUCGUGAGCUCAACGCUCAACCACUGGACCACAGAGGCAGUUGUAUUGAAUUGAUGGGUGUGGACGCAAAGGAAACCAGUUAGUAAGUUUAUUUUAGGCUUUCCCGUGUGCAAUGGUGUUUUGAUAAUGUAGUCAUGAGUAAUAUCAUGUAUUCACUUUAGACCCUGUCGCGCUUUCAUAUUUGAUAUUUAAUGAGACUUACGGUUUAAUUUGUCAAAAAAGUUAAUGUGACAUGGUAUCAAAGUGUAUACACAUUAGUACUCGUGACUGUACACCCGUAUUCUAAGAUGUUAACUCGAACUUUCCUCGACUCUAUCUUCACCUCCCGACCAUUUGAGGCGAUCUUAAGAAAAACCUCCAACUCAGCUCAAAAUCGGUUUUCUUAGACGGCGGCGCCUGAACUUUAUCUCGAGUUCACUCCAGUAAGGCAUGACGUCAUUAAUUUCGCAUUUUGUUGGCAGUACGAUAUGCUCGAGAUACAGGCUGAGUAGAUAGAUGAUAUUCUCGACUCCAUUGAGUAAAAUCCUCAACUCGAAAUCUGCAUUCAAUCUGAUUGACGUGUCACCUGUCUGACUGACAACUUAAUUCUGUCGGGUUAUUGGCCAAUACAAAAUUUUGGGAGUGUUUUUAAAUUUUUUCCAUAAAUUGUAAGCCUGUCGAUUGCCCGUCCGUUUCCUUUUCAGUGGAUAACAGGUAUAACUUAAAAUCGAUGGUGCUUACGGGAAUCAGCCCCAAUACCAACUUAAAAUGCUUAGCUGAG